GUCCAAAAAUAGAAGUUACAUUUAAUGCGUCAGAGGGGAAUCUAUCAGUGUCUCUAUGUCCGUGUGACUGAAAUAAAAACAUACUCCACAGGUCUGGUAACAUCUUUGGAGGAAACAAAUAGAAUGGUCUAUGCUUUUUCUAACCAACUUGUCCAGCAAUGCCAUUUUUUUAGCCACCCCUGGAACAGGUGAGACUGGAGCCCGAGCCUGCUGACUCAGAGUAACUGGGUGUAACUGCGUUACAAGACCCAACAUCGAAGCCAAUGACACUAGCCUCAGUGCUGUAAUAAAAUGCCGAGGCUGCACCACGCCAAGUUCAUGCAAUGUGGGUUCUCUCUGUCGACAUGAACAGACUCUCCUGUGUUUGAUAGUCCCCGGCUCACAAUGAGGCAACCGGAACAUCGUUUGAACAACCUUUCCGGACUUUCGAGUUCGAACGUUCCUACGAGGUGACAUUUUCAUUUUCUUCACCCUACGUUGAACCUCAAAGCAGAACUAUAACGCCCCCUGGAAUCACAACACUCACGGUGAAUUUCUGUUUCUUGAUGAGUCUUCAACUCUAAAUUGGAAUGGAGAAGAUAGAGACAAGUAACGGCAAUGAAGCUCAUCACAACACAGCAACUCUUGUACUGCACCGGGCAAAGAUGCCAGCCAGCAUUAUCAUCUCCACGGUUCUGUUCAUUGCAGAAGCUGUAGCUGGUGGCUUUCUAUGUGCAGUGUACAGUUAUUGGGGUGAUUCAUAUUGGUUAGGACUAACUAUCUCCUUCAUGUUAGUACCAUCUGUACUGGUACAGUUUACGUUGAUCUUAAUCCAUCGUGAACUGGGCAUGAACAGGCCUUUCAUAUUGCUGCUUCAUCUUCUGCAGAUGGGACCCAUCAUCAGGUGUGUGGAAGCUAUAAUUGUGUUCUGCAAGUCUGGGAAACAUGAAGAGCCUUAUGUCAGUAUUACCCGCAAGAAAAGACUCCAUCAUGGCCAAUCAAAUGAAUUUGAGAAAGAAGUGGGCCAUUCAACAAGAAAGUUGACUAUCCACCGUAAUGCAUUUCAGCGGGCGUCUGUAAUUCAAGCCUUUCUGGGCUCCACCCCACAGCUAACCCUCCAGCUGUAUAUAAGUAUAGUGGAAAAAUACAUUCCACCAGCACGAGUUGCUCUCAUGGUGAUGUCAUUGCUGUCAGUGACCUAUGGAGCCCUGGUGUGUAACAUUCUUUCCAUCCAGAUCAAGUAUGAUGACUACAAGAUUCAGCUGAGACCAGCUGCUUACGUAUGCAUCAUCCUGUGGCGCAGCUUGGAAAUUGCUACACGAGUUACUGUGUUGGUGCUGUUCAGCACAGUGUUGAAGCAGUGGAUCUUCGCUGUGGUCUCAAUUGACUUUCUGGUCUGCUUUUUCCUACCGUGGGCGGAAUUCUGGUAUAACCGCUCACCAUUCCCUGAAAACAUUGAAAAGAACUACAAACAGUUUGGGACUGCUGUUGUACUGUUGCUUGUAACCACUCUCUAUGCUGGAAUUAAUGUGUUCUGCUGGUCAGCAGUCCAGCUUCUGCUCAGUAAUCGUGACUUGAUUAGCAAGAAUCAGAACUGGGUUAGGUUGUCUGUCUACUAUAUAUUGCGAUUUGUUGAAAAUGCAGUGCUUCUAAUUAUUUGGUACUUUUUCAAAACAGAAGUGUAUGAAUACUUCUGCUCCCCCCUGCUGGUAGUUCAGUUAAUUAUUUGCUACAGCCUAGCCAUCAUCUUCAUGCUCCUCUUCUACCAGUACUGCCAUCCAUGUAGGUUGCUUUUCACACACAACGUUGCAGACUGUCUCCAGUGCUCCUGUUGGAAGGGACCUUGUUUUGAGUCUACAGUUGAGGAUCCAUAAUUCAGCUAUGUUACAACAGGAGAUAGCUGCAGUGAAAACAUGUGAUUUUGUUUUUUUUUCCACAUCACCCUUCCCAUAGGUAUUGAAAGGUUUAGCAAGCUGGUGAAUUUCACAGGAGCAUGAAUGAUGAACAAUGAAGAGACCAGUGUGACCUUGGAGAUCAAAGCAUUCUACUCUGUAAUCUGGAACAGUGCCCGGAAUGCUGCCUUCUACAUGUGCUCAUCACAAGAAGGUAAAGGUGAUUUGUAGCUUUCUUUUAUGUGAAAACUGGCAGCCAAAGGAGUUGCAAUAUUUCUGGGAUAGUCAUCCUCCAGAAAGCCCUGGACAACAGAUGCUUCCAUUAACGACGAAAAUACCUUGGAUCUGGUUAACAUUUUGGGAUAUCAAAGCUGGAUCCAUGUCAGACAACGAUAUUUGUAUUUAAUGAAUGUUUGUUUGUUUGUUUUAUUUUGCAUUGAGUUUUUCCUUCACCUCCUGAGUGAACUUUUUUGAUUUCUGUGUGGUAGCCUCAUAAUUAGCUUUAAAAUGUGACUUUUCUUAAAGUCUCAGAGUUAUUUAACUUAAUGUGAAUUUGUGAUUUAUGGUGGUAAAGGUGGUUUAUGUUUUCAUUUAUUGUCAAAUUCUUCUUCAUUCAUUUUCCACAAAUUCUGUCUUCCUUUCUUAGAUACGGACUGAUUUUGCAUUCUGAUAUAUAUGGGUAUUAUCGAGCUUCUUUCAUUCAGUCAAGGGAUGUGGAUGGCUCUGGCUAGGCCAUCAUUUAUUGCCCAUCCCGAAUUGCUGGUUAUCCGGUGUCUUAAACAAAUAAUGUCAUUACACUGGUGAAGAUGUAAAUCACCCAGCAUUUCUUUUCUAGUUCACUAUCCCUUAACUGCUGUGGAAAAAUGCACACAAAAUUUGGAGGAUUUGAAAUGCUUGUUAUGGCAUCUCUGAAGAACCUUGGGAUUUUUUUUUAAAACAUCCUGCUAAGGUUUGCAAAUGGUGAUUCUGUUUUUGGUUGAGGUAAUAAAUAGGUGCCACAAUGUUCAUGCAUUCAAGUUUUGGAAAUAAUUUGUGAAUUAUUAUCUACAAAAUGCUUCUGUUGAAAACUAUUCUAAUUGUCAAAUGCUUGUGGUUGCCACACUUUCUGAAGCUUUUUUAUUGGUCUUGUUAUAUGUAAUUGCAACUAGUACAUGUUUUCUCAUCUGUUAAACUCACAGGUGUUACAUUUUCUUAUUGAAUUUUCUUACAGCUCAGUCACCCAAAUUCUGUUUUAAUACCCUUCCUCAAGAGAGGAUAACAAAUUUCUUUAUGCGGAGAAUUCUCCAACCUGAACCAGUGGUGGAUAUCUUAAUCUUAAUAGUAACUUCUAAAAGAGAAAUGGAUAAAUUUUUGGGGCGGGGGCAGGUAUGGUUGAGAGGGCAGUUAAGAGUCAAUCCCAUUGCCAUGAGUCUGGAAACACACGUAGGCCAGACCAGGGAAGGAUGGCAAAUUUCCUUCCCUAAGAGGCAUUAGUGAACCUGGUGGGUUUAUCCAACAAUUAGCAAUGCUUUUAUGGUAAUCAUUAGACUCUUAAUUCCAGUUUUUGAUUUUUUUUAUUGAAUACAAAUUCCACCAUCUGCCGAGGCAGGAUUUGAACUCGGGUGCCCAGUAAAUUACCUGGGUCUCUGGAUUAACAGUUCAGUGAUAAUACCACUAAGGCUGACACCUCUGUGACUGCUUUAUCUAAUCACAACAUUAUGUUUGUGAAGUUGUUUUGCAAAGAACAUUACGUUUGGCCUACAUCUUUCUUUUACCAAAUGCAUAAUUUCCAGCAAGAGUCUGCAGAUAUUACCAUACAUGUGUUUGAAAAAUCUGGUUGAGAUCUAUUUUUCUAGUUUGUUCACAAAUUCAUUUUGUUUUUCAACUUCCCAUUCCGCACAGGCCUUGGUCAAUUUCUUUCCAGCAGGAGAGACAAUUUUGUCAUUCUGAAGUUUUAAUUUAUACUUGAAUGCUGUAUAAUAUCAGGAUUGCAGUGGAGCCAUUUUGUAUUAAAGCAUGGUUUUCUCUUGUUUUGUCAUAACUUGAAGUAUGCCAGUAUCUGGUUUUUCAUACCUUUGUACUUCCUGUACAUGUUUAUUUCAAAUAGCCUUGCCUCCUUUCCAACUACCAUUAAUGCUUUUGGGGUCAGUUUGAUAACCAAUGCUCUUUAAAAGUUUAAGCUUUUGAUUCUGCAGACACUUUUUUUUAGUUGAAAGAUUAAUUUCUGUAGCAGGGUUACAGCAAGUCUCAGAUUUUUGCACGUCAAGUGAUUUCCAUUAAAUAUAUUCCUUUCCAACAGCUACACUAGCUUGCCUGAAAUAACUGGAGAUGGCAACAUCUUAUUUCUAGUUCAACAGAAAUUCAAAAUCUUUAGUAGGUAACUUGAGCACAAUAUACAUGAUCAUUAGAAUAUGCCUACUCAUGCACCUAUCACCCAUCAAGCCUGCUCAACCAUUUAAUACAGUUGCAGCUGAUGUUAGGCUUCAACUCCCACCUCCUUGCCUGCUUCCCAUAUCCUGUGAUCUCCCGAGUGAUCAAAAAUAUAUCUAUCCUGGUCUUGAAAGCAUUCAAUAGUACAUCACAGAACAUGCUUGAAUAGAGAAUCCCAGAGAUUCAUAACCUUCUAAGUGAAGUAAUUACUCAUCUUAAUCCUGAAUGAUUGGCUUAUCUUAAAAUCAUGCUCCAUAUUUUAGAAUCCCGCAUUGGAUGGACACAUUGUUUGCACAAUCAAGCCCCUUUAGAAUCUUGGGUGGGAUCUUUUUGGGCGGCUGGUUCGGACUCAAUGGGCCGAAUGGCCUGCUUUCACACUGUAUGGAUUUUGGAAGCAAAACUUGUAUGAUUUCCUGCACUCUCAUCGAUUCCAACUGGUAAAACAUUCAACGCUAUCAAUUUGUCACAAGCUCUGCCUUCUGCUAUAACUUUUUAGAAAAGACGUCCUGCAAAUAAUGAAUGCUUACCUUUUCAAUCAGUCGGCUAUGUCAACUCUCAUCUAUAGCCAAAAUAACUUGUUGCAUGCUUUCAAUAAUAUUUAUCAUCUAACUAGGUAGCUCCCACUUUGGCAACGUGAAGCAAAUCACGGAAAUCACAGGAUUCCACAUUAAUCCCCGGUUCCUUUGCGUUAUCCAGGCAAGAAAAUAUCCAACGUACAAGUUGAAACGUAGUAUCUCACAUGUUUAGCACCGUGCAUUCCCAACUGAAAUAUCAUGCAAAAUAAAAUGCAUCAAAAAACAUAAAAUAAUAAAUAUAAAACAACACUAUAGCCCCUUACCAUAAGUUUUCUAACAAUACACCAUAUUGUGCAUAACUCUUAGAUUUAUCAGGCUCGAUCUAGUGGCAGAAAUCAUUGGUGCAGGGGAUUUGAUGCGUUUUAGCGCCACUUGCACUGACCAACAUUCGCCACCAGGUGGAGCCCUUCAAAGGGAAUUCCGAGUGGCAGCCAGGAUAGAGGAGUGGCUUCUGGGCUGGCUAAUUCUUAAUGAUCGACCUCCGGAAACUUGAGAAUAGGUUUUUGUCUAUUUUAAUUUAAACGUCCUCAGGGAGGGAGGCCAAUCCAGACCAGGUGGAAUGCAAACUCUGAUGCAGGAACUUCAUCAUGUUAUACAUCUGUAAUCACAUUCACAAAUUUCAACCUUGUCUGUUCUUAAUGAUUCAAUAAACAAUGUUU